AUGUUUGGGUUCUCAAGAAGAAGAAUGAAGCUCGGAAGAUUGAAAGUUCAUCUCUCAGAGUCGGCGCAGGGAACUAGAAGUCCAAUUAGACAUCCUAAACGAGUCAGCAACAACAAUGUUCAAGGGCUUGAUCCUGUAGCCAGUGUUAAGGAGUUAAAGUCUCAAACUUCAUCUGAAUCUCCGGAGCUGAAAAACUGCACAUCAGGAAGCUCAGAGAACUGGAUGGUUCUUUCAGUUACCGGAGACAAACCUGCAUCUCGAUAUAAUCAUGCUGCAGCCGUAGUUGGGAAUAAGAUGGUGGUAGUUGGCGGUGAAUCUGGAAGCAAAUUAUUGGACGAUGUUCAGGUGCUACAUUUCGACAGAUUUUCCUGGUCUAUGGCUUCAUCAAAACUCUAUCUUUCACCCAACACCCUCCCUCUGAAAAUUCCUGCAUGCAAGGGUCAUUCUCUGGUUUCAUGGGGAAAGAAGAUACUUCUAGUUGGAGGUAGAACAGACCCUGCGUGUGAUAAAGUUUCAGUUUGGGUGUUUGACACUGAAACAGAGUGCUGGUCACUAGUAGAAGGAAAGGGAGAUAUUCCGGUUGCUCGAAGUGGUCACACUGUUGUCAGAGCCAGCUCAGUUUUAAUUUUGUUUGGUGGUGAAGACACUAGGAAGAGAAAACUGAAUGAUUUACACAUGUUUGAUCUCAAAUCUUUUACGUGGCUUCCCCUCAAUUGCACAGGACCCAGACCAUCACCAAGAUCAAACCAUGUGGCUACUCUUUAUGAUGACAAAUUGCUUCUUGUUUUUGGCGGAUCGUCAAAGUCUAGGACUUUAAAUGAUUUGCAUUCCCUAGACUUUGAGACGAUGAUAUGGUCACGAAUCAAGAUAAGGGGUUUCCAUCCAUCACCUAGGGCUGGUUGUUGUGGUGUACUCUGUGGAAGCAAAUGGUACAUUGCCGGUGGUGGAAGCAAGAAAAAGAGGCGCUCUGAAACUUUAGUACUCGAUGUCUUAAAAUUGGAAUGGUCUCUGGCUGUUACAUCCCCCGCAUCUUCCAUCACUACAAAUAAGGGAUUUAGUCUGGUACUUGUGCAGCACAAGGAAAGGGAUUUUCUUGUUGCAUUUGGAGGUUACAAGAAGGAACCAUCUGAUCAGGUAGAAGUGCUGAUCUUGGAAAAGAAUGAUUCAUCAAUGGGUCGCAGAUCAACUUUAAGUAAGGUUGCAGGUUCCUUGCUAUCAGAAAACCUCUUGGCAUCCACUGUCUUGCCUGCCCAACCAAGUCAUACUGCUACUAAUGGAACCAUGGAUACUGUAGCACGGCAAAAUAUUGCAUCUGCACUUGAACAUGGCUCUGGGAGAAGAUCAUUGUCGGAGUCCUUACUCAAUGAUCCAGGUUGUAGUUCUGGCAAUGUUUCACUCCGAAAGCAAUUUCAUGAUGAGGAAGGAGGUGUUGAAAAAGUGCCCAAGAUCUCAGAAGACGCAUGCUGUCAAAAGGUUAUGGAUCAAAAGCAUAAACACCAUGAUGCUUUGACUGACAUUAAUGUGAACGGAGAUAAUUCUGCAACUAGAGAACUUUUAUCCACAUCGGAUUCUGGAAAUGUAAAUAACCACAAGAGACAUGGAAGUGGAAGCUUUUCGCUAGAUAGUGAUGAUCUUAUUGUCCAAGGAAGUGAUGGGAAGGCAGGAGCAUCAAUGCCUUCCAAUGUCUAUCAGUUUUAUGAGACAAAGCUGGCUUCCCUUAUUCGAAAGAAUGGAAUUCUGGAAUCCCAGUUGGCUGCUGCAUUGUCCAGCCAUGAAUCAACUGAGAAAAACUUGUCUGCCGCUUUGAAAAGUAAGCAGGAAAUGGAAAAGAAAUUGGCAGAUGCCACAAAGGAGAUGGAGUUGCUUAAAGAGAAAUUAUCUGGUAUGGAGUUGGCUCAAGAGGAGGCCAAUAGUAUAUCCAAUAUGGUCCAUUCUGACAUGGUGAGGCUUGAGCAUGAUGUGGCUUUCCUGAAGGCUGUUCUGGAUGACACUCAAAAGGAACUGCAUUCUACCAGAGCAGUCCUUGCUGGAGAAAGGGGAAGGGCUUUUCAAUUACAGGUAUACCCAAGAGAUCCAACGCCAUAGAAAUAGAAGCAUCUUGGUUCCACAUUUUUUAACUUUGAGUUCCAACAAUUUCUAGGCUGCCUUUAGGAAGGCGUGUCAUGUUUAACAAUCUCCCUUUGAAAAUCACUAGCUUGUUUAACUUGGUCCACUAAUUUUGCCAUGAAAUGAAUUGAUAUACAGGUUGAAGUUUUCCACUUAA